UAGUAAUACCCAGCUGGUCCCAGUAGUACCACCCAGCUGGUCCCAGUAGUAAUACCCAGCUGGUCCCAGUAGUAAUACCCAGCUGGUCCCAGUAGUAAUACCCAGCUGGUCCCAGUAGUACCACCCAGCUGGUCCCAGUAGUAAUACCCAGCUGGUCCCAGUAGUAAUACCCAGCUGGUCCCAGUAGUACCACCCAGCUGGUCCCAGUAGUAAUACCCAGCUGGUCCCAGUAGUACCACCCAGCUGGUCCCAGUAGUAAUACCCAGCUGGUCCCAGUAGUAAUACCCAGCUGGUCCCAGUAGUACCACCCAGCUGGUCCCAGUAGUAAUACCCAGCUGGUCCCAGUAGUAAUACCCAGCUGGUCCCAGUAGUAAUACCCAGCUGGUCCCAGUAGUAAUACCCAGCUGGUCCCAGUAGUAAUACCCAGCUGGUCCCAGUAGUACCACCCAGCUGGUCCCAGUAGUAAUACCCAGCUGGUCCCAGUAGUACCACCCAGCUGGUCCCAGUAGUAAUACCCAGCUGGUCCCACUAGCCAUAUAUUUUACCAAACACAACAUCCUUCAGCUUCAAUGAAAGCUGAGAAAGGGGACGAUUUGCUGUCGAUGGAUGGAGAGAUCUGCCCAGAUCUGAACAAAACCAAGAGCUGCUUCUCUCUUCAACACUAUUAGCUACUAGGUGGACCUGGGGAAGAGGGAGUCCUUAUUCACUCAACGGAGAGAGAGAGAGAGAGAGCAACUUUGAUUUAACUUUUCAACUUCACGGCAGACACGCAGAGCGGAGCGCGUUGCAGGAGCACAGAGCACUGUCGUUUUGUUGGCUAUCACCUCAUCUUUUCUUUCUUUCUUUUAGUGAGUGUCGAGUUUUUCCAGGUGAUUUAUUAAACAAAUGAACACUGGUCGAAUCUCAAGGUGAUGCCACCUAUUUUCACUGUUAAGAGGAGCUGGGACACGCGUUCUUAGUGGGAGAUUUUGACCAGCAAGUUGUUCUGACUGCAAGUGUCCACCACUACUACUAUUUCUCACUGGGAACAUGGCUCUCUGUCCGCAGUUACUGCUGCUGCUCGGAUGGACCUAUCUAUUCGGUGGAUAUUGCGCGAUGUUGAAAGAUCAUUUCACUGGGUUGAAAAGAAAAAGUGAAUCUGAGUACUCAGGUGCCCCCCGGGGGGACAAAGACGGCUCAGAGAAAAACGAGCCAGACCUGUUUUUACAGGAUACUAUGACGGAACACAUGCAGAUGCUUUACGACAAAUACAACUGUGAAGGAUUUCCUUUCAAGGAUGGGAAUACGGUCCGCAGCUUUAAAGCGCAUUGGGGCACCAUCAACAACCAGCAGCUCCAGAUCUUCAACCUGACCUCUCUCACCAAGUCAGAGGCCGUCCUGUCGGCCACGCUCCACUACUACAUAGGAGACCUCCAGAACAGCACCCGGCACCCUGGCUGCAGCAGCACCACCAGGCCCAAGAGCUGUGGAGCUCCGUCCCCGUUCCGCCACGGCCCCAGGAGACACAGCCACGUCCAGAUGGGUGUGUGGAGCUUCUCCUCAGUGGAUAACCACACCAGGGCUUUGGGCCACUUUGUGAUCAACAUGUCUACACUAUACAGGGACUUCAUCUCUUGGCAGUGGAAGGACGUCACCCGGGUGGUGAACCAAGCCAAGCAUCAUCGUGAGCUACUGAUCGGGAUAGACGUGGCAUCCCAGCCUGGACCCAGGCCCUGGAAGAAGCUCCUCUCAGACCGCUCUCCUUACAUCCUGGUCUACGCCAACGACUCGGCCAUCUCCGAGCCUGAGAGCGUGGUGUCGACACUACAGAGGCAUCAAACGACGACUACGGCUGGAGAAGGGGCUUUCGCCUCUGGCUUCGAUAGACUGGGGCUGCACGCUCGGAAUAACACCGCCGCGCAACAACAGGCGCCUCCUCACAGACGCCGGCGCUCGGCUAGCGUCCUCCUCCCACUCCAGAACAACGAGUUACCGGGGCCGGAGUACCCGUAUGAGACGACGGGCUGGGACGAGACCAGCCCCUACGAACCGCUGGAGAACAAGCCAGUCCGUCGGCCGAGGAAAAAGACGCGUGGUAAGAGCCAGAGGCACGGCGGUAAGAUGCCCCUGCUGCAGUUUGAUGAGCAGACGAUAAAGAAGUCUCGUAAGAAGCAGUGGAACGAACCACGGAACUGUGCUCGUCGCUAUCUGAAGGUGGACUUUGCAGAUAUUGGCUGGAGCGAGUGGAUUAUAUCUCCCAAGUCUUUUGAUGCCUACUACUGCUCAGGGUCAUGUCAGUUCCCCAUGCCUAAGUCUCUGAAGCCUAGUAACCACGCCACCAUCCAGAGCAUUGUGAGAGCGGUAGGGGUGGUGUCCGGUAUACCCGAGCCCUGCUGUGUCCCAGACAAGAUGUCUUCACUCUCCAUCCUCUUCUUCGACGAGGACAAGAACGUGGUACUCAAAGUCUACCCAAACAUGACUGUGGAUUCCUGCGCCUGCAGAUAGGGACAAUUACCACACACACACACGCACACACACACACACACACACACACACAGAACAAUCUCUCUGCAACAUAGCCACCUCUCAAGGAUCAAUGAUUUUCCACUUUUGCACUGGCAGAGAGAUGAGGGAUUACAGUCUACUAUCUAAAUGAAGAUGGACCAUUUCAGGGAAAGACUGCUGGACCUUCCUCCUACUGGAAGCCUGAAGCACCCUGGGAAAUAAACAGCUGACUAGUCUCAUCAUCAUCACCAUCAUCGCUAUCACCACCAUCAUCAUCAUCGUCGUCAUGGCUUUUUACUUGUUUGAAUACCGCUGGAGAGGAGGACCUAAUGCAGUUUGAGGCAGCACCUUAAUGAGGCGAAAACACCCCGAAUGAAGGACCUUCUGUGAUUCCUGAGCUCCAAAAGUAUUGGGACAGGGGACACAUUUGUUGUUGAUUUGACUCUGUACUGCAGCACUUAGGAUUUUAAAUGAUUCAUUAUGACUACGAGGUUAAAGUGCAGACUGUCAGCUUUCAUUUGAGUGUAUUUUCAUUCAUAUCGGGUAAACCGUUUAGAAAGUACAGCACUUUCUGUACCUAGUCCAGCCAUUUUAGGGGACCAGAAGUAUUGGGACAAAUUCACUUAUGUGUAUUAAAGUUGUCCUUAAUGAAUCACAAUGAGUGAGAAAGUUACAGAUGCACACAUACGCCCAUGAUAUUUGUGCGUCUUUAACUUCCUCACUCAUCACGAUUAUCUGUAACCACGGUAACAUCCAGAUUUAAAUGUAGAAGUGUUUACAAAACAUAUUCUAUUCUUAUUUACAAUUAAAGUGACUCCAAAAUGACACAAUACAUUAUUUACCAUUCAUUUCUAUUGGGCACACAAUAAUCUGAAACACAACCAAAACAAACAGCAAAUGCAUCCCAACAAUGUUAUAGAGUCACAAGCUGGAUGUUGUCAUUGCAUGCUUGGAAUAUGGAACCAAAUACUUCACUUUUCCUCUAAAACUGAGGAAACAUAUAAAUGAAUUUGUCCCAAUACUUUUGGUCCCCUAAAAUGGGGGAACUUGGUACAAAAAAGUGCUGUAUCAUUUCAAAUCUAAAGUGCUAGAGUACAAAGCCAAAACAGUUCACUGUAUCUGCCCCUGUUUUAAUAACCACAGGACCCCAGUACAGCCCCUGUUUUAAUAACCAAAGGACCCCAGUACAGCCCCUGUUUUAAUAACCACAGCACCCCAGUACAGCCCCUGUUUUAAUAACCAAAGGACCCCAGUACAGCCCCUGUUUUAAUAACCACAGGACCCCAGUACAGCCCCUGUUUUAAUAACCACAGGACCCCAGUACAGCCCCUGUUUUAAUAACCACAGGACCCCAGUACUGCCCCUGUUUUAAUAACCACAGGACCCCAGUACAGCCCCUGUUUUAAUAACCACAGGACCCCAGUACAGCCCCUGUUUUAAUAACCACAGGACCCCAGUACAGCCCCUGUUUUAAUAACCACAGGACCCCAGUACAGCCCCUGUUUUAAUAACCACAGGACCCCAGUACAGCCCCUGUUUUAAUAACCACAGGACCCCAGUACAGCCCCUGUUUUAAUAACCACAGGACCCCAGUACUGCCCCUGUUUUAAUAACCACAGGACCCCAGUACAGCCCCUGUUUUAAUAACCACAGGACCCCAGUACAGCCCCUGUUUUAAUAACCACAGGACCCCAGUACAGCCCCUGUUUUAAUAACCACAGGACCCCAGUACAGCCCCUGUUUUAAUAACCACAGGACCCCAGUACAGCCCCUGUUUUAAUAACCACAGGACCCCAGUACAGCCCCUGUUUUAAUAACCACAGGACCCCAGUACAGCCCCUGUUUUAAUAACCACAGGACCCCAGUACAGCCCCUGUUUUAAUAACCACAGGACCCCAGUACUGCCCCUGUUUUAAUAACCACAGGACCCCAGUACAGCCCCUGUUUUAAUAACCACAGGACCCCAGUACAGCCCCUGUUUUAAUAACCACAGGACCCCAGUACAGCCCCUGUUUUAAUAACCAAAGGACCCCAGUACAGCCCCUGUUUUAAUAACCACAGGACCCCAGUACUGCCCCUGUUUUAAUAACCACAGGACCCCAGUACAGCCCCUGUUUUAAUAACCACAGGACCCCAGUACUGCCCCUGUUUUAAUAACCACAGGACCCCAGUACUGCCCCUGUUUUAAUAACCACAGGACCCCAGUACAGCCCCUGUUUUAAUAACCACAGUACCCCAGUACAGCCCCUGUUUUAAUAACCAAAGGACCCCAGUACAGCCCCUGUUUUAAUAACCACAGGACCCCAGUACAGCCCCUGUUUUAAUAACCACAGGACCCCAGUACAGCCCCUGUUUUAAUAACCAAAGGACCCCAGUACAGCCCCUGUUUUAAUAACCACAGGACCCCAGUACAGCCCCUGUUUUAAUAACCAAAGGACCCCAGUACAGCCCCUGUUUUAAUAACCACAGGACCCCAGUACAGCCCCUGUUUUAAUAACCACAGGACCCCAGUACAGCCCCUGUUUUAAUAACCACAGGACCCCAGUACUGCCCCUGUUUUAAUAACCACAGGACCCCAGUACUGCCCCUGUUUUAAUAACCACAGGACCCCAGUACAGCCCCUGUUUUAAUAACCACAGUACCCCAGUACAGCCCCUGUUUUAAUAACCAAAGGACCCCAGUACAGCCCCUGUUUUAAUAACCACAGGACCCCAGUACAGCCCCUGUUUUAAUAACCACAGGACCCCAGUACAGCCCCUGUUUUAAUAACCAAAGGACCCCAGUACAGCCCCUGUUUUAAUAACCACAGUACCCCAGUACAGCCCCUGUUUUAAUAACCAAAGGACCCCAGUACAGCCCCUGUUUUAAUAACCACAGGACCCCAGUACAGCCCCUGUUUUAAUAACCACAGGACCCCAGUACUGCCCCUGUUUUAAUAACCACAGGACCCCAGUACAGCCCCUGUUUUAAUAACCACAGGACCCCAGUACAGCCCCUGUUUUAAUAACCACAGGACCCCAGUACAGCCCCUGUUUUAAUAACCACAGGACCCCAGUACAGCCCCUGUUUUAAUAACCACAGUACCCCAGUACAGCCCCUGUUUUAAUAACCACAGGACCCCAGUACAGCCCCUGUUUUAAAAACCACAGGACCCCAGUACUGCCCCUGUUUUAAUAACCACAGGACCCCAGUACAGCCCCUGUUUUAAUAACCACAGGACCCCAGUACAGCCCCUGUUUUAAUAACCACAGGACCCCAGUACAGCCCCUGUUUUAAUAACCACAGUACCCCAGUACAGCCCCUGUUUUAAUAACCACAGGACCCCAGUACUGCCCCUGUUUUAAUAACCACAGGACCCCAGUACAGCCCCUGUUUUAAUAACCACAGGACCCCAGUACAGCCUCAUCACCCCAGUACAGCCUCAUCACCCCAGUACAGCCUCAUCACCCCAGUACAGCCUCAUCACCCCAGUACAGCCUCAUCACCCCAGGAAAGCCUCAUCACCCCAGUACAGCCUCAUCACCCCAGUAUUGCCUCAGUGGGACUUUUCUGGGUUGACUGAAGUGGUCAGACAGACACACAUUCUAUAUCCUUCCUCCCCAGUUAUGAGUUGUUGUUUUUUACCAUUACAAAGGAACCUCCUCCACCUCUUCCUCCUCCCCCUUUCCUCUUCUCCACCUCUUCCUCUACCACCUCCUCUUCCUCCUCUCUUCCACCUCUCCGUCCUCCUCCCUCUCCAACUCCUCCUCCCUCUCC